CCGGGGAGCGCGCGACUGUAGCCAUAGCGAAGAUGGCACCCGGCACGAUUCGUGUGGCGGAGUCAGAGGAAGCCCUUAAAACCUUUAAAUCUAAAGGAGCUUCGGUGUCCUUACCGAAACACUCCUACUGGUUUGACUUUUGGGUUUUCCUGGUCUUUGAUAUCGCGUUAUUCCUCUUCGUGUAUUUCUUAGUCCCGUAGAAGGUUGGUUCCUGGACUUUGGAGCCUGAGGAUGCAGAGUGCUCGCCCUGCUUUCAGAAAUGCUACCCCAGCUUUGAAUCUAACACCAGUUAUUGGAUGUCACACGUCGUUUGGCUCCCUGCCUGCAUGACAAAGAUCUGAACUGCAGAACACCUUCCCGCUGUGACUGGACCGUCUUCCCACAUGUACGGAGUCAAUUUUUCCGAAGGGGACAAGAAACAUUUGAAGUGUUGUUGAAAGUGACAAUGGCAUCAUCAGGACUGAGAAAAUGCUUUGACUCUGAAGUUACUAAGACACUGUUGCGUUGUUCUGUUGUCACUGUCAGCUGUUAAGUAGUUUUUAACAAAUGUUUAACUUUGUUGUUUUUACUUGGUUCUCGUUUUGUUUUCCAAUUUUCCGUAUCAUCAACAAGUCCUGUAAAGAACAUCUCAAAAUUUAUGUUUUGUCAUAACAAGCUAUGUGAUGAAUCGGUGCGGGACCAACGCAGACACCAGACCAUUAAGGUCCAAUUUCACGCCUGAAAGAACAAUGCGGUGUUGGGAAAAAUCCCAGCACAUGGAAGUCACGGAAAUUUGCACACAGAAAAUGCUGCAAAUAAAGUUUUUGCCUGCUUGGUAAAUGUCAACAAUCUCAGUUAUCUAUUGGAUAGAAUUCUAAUUUAUAAACAUCAUUUCUGUUGUCAGUAUCCUCAUGCAGUGUUAUUUCUUUUACUAAAUUUACAGCUGGCAGCCAAUACACUGUUAACCAGAUAGUUUUGAGUUGAGACAUUUAAAGCACAACUGGUUCCCCAACAGACUGCUGUUAGCUGACUACUUAAAUUUUAGAAUAAAAUCGCUUUCGUUUACUUUUGGUGGAUUUAUCCAUUUUAAUGAAACUCCAUGUUACGGCUCAAUACUUUUAUUUUGAAAAAUCCCAUCUUUACCCACGUGUUUCCUGUUUGCAUUACUGCUAACAGCAAAUGCAUUACUAAUUGAAAUCUGGUAGUGACUUUUUGAAGUAACUCGUCUUGUUUGCGUUAUGGAGAGCUGUGGCGUGGAGAGCACAGAUAUAUUCCUGCCGUUGUCAUCCCUAAGACUCCUGAUCCCUCCUAUGCGGCUGCUUUCUGCAGCCAUGUGGCAGGUGGCUCAGCGGAGAGAUGUUCUUGACUAUGAAAAGCUUGAUGAGUUUGUGACACUGGUCACGGCAACAGUUCCAGACCUGCUCAGUCCAAAGCAGCGAGGAAAACUCCUCCUCCGACUGAGAGCAAAAGUUGUACUGGAGCUGUGCAGAAAUGAGGAAACGGCCAACAUCGUGUGCGUGCAGCCUCACCUCGAGCGAAUCCGCCCACCAGGAUACUCAGGAAGUGGGGAUGCAGAGACGGAUGCAGAAGAGGCCAUCUUUGUGGAGCUAACCCAAAGACUACUGAAAGACCCAGCAGAGAGGGAGCAUUUUUACCAGGAGGUUUUCCCAACAGAAUAUGGCCUCAGCUACGACACAGACAUGCAGCUGCUUGUGUGGGAGUUUCUCUCCAAGCUGGAAAGACUCCUGCCGGUGCCAGACCUCGGUCAGGCUGUUUCAUGGCUUACCUCUGCCCCAUCUGUGCUGAAGGAUUGUUUGCAAGUGCUCUCCAACCCCAAUGACCUCAAGUCUCUCCUGCAACACCACAAAUGCCUUGAGCACCUUGGCACCCAAGGUACCACAGUGGAGAUGUCCACCCAGGUCUUUGCCUGCUCAGAGUGUCCAUUCUUCCACAUGCAGGAGUCCUAUCUGCUGCAGCACAUUGAGCACAGCCACCCUGAGCAAUACAGCAAACUCCAAAGGGCUGCGCAGACAGCUGAGGCCCCCAAGAAGAGGUUCCAUCCUCCUGAGUUCCCGAAGCCCUUCCCCAUCCACGACAGGCCCGACCCGCACACUUGCCAGCAGUGCGGCAAAACAUUCACACGUGCCUCAGACGUGACUCGUCACCAGCGGACACACACAGGUGAGCGUCCGUACACCUGUGAGGAGUGUCACAAGGGCUUCAAGAACUCUUGGGAUCUAACCAGGCAUCAGCGCAUUCACACUGGAGAGCGUCCCUUUCUCUGCUCCCAGUGUGGCAAACGGUUCACCCAGAUGGGGCUGCUCAAACUGCACUUUGAGCGCACGGCUUGUGGCCAGACUUGCAACCCUCCGCUAGACUUAACAACAGAGGUGGUGGUGACCGAGGAGACGUCAGAGAAAGGAGGCGGUCAGUACAAAUGCCAGAAAUGUGGCGAGAGCUUUAGCAGCAUCCUGGAUCGACUGAGGCACAGGCAGAGGCAUGUUGUAAGGCGUCAGUACAAGUGCCCCAUGUGUGAGAAGAUCUACAGCCGAGCCUCAGACCUCAAGAGACACCAGAUGAAACACACAGGUGAGCGGCCAUUUGCGUGCGAGUGCGGGAAAAGCUUCACACAUGUGUGGCUUUUGAAUAAGCACCAGCAAAUCCACACCCGGGAGCGUCCGUACCCCUGUGCCGAGUGUGGAAAGAGCUUCACGCAGCUGCAGAUCCUCAACAGGCACCUGCUGACUCACAAUGGCCAGCGGCCAUUCCAGUGCUCAUACUGUGAGAAGAGCUUCACCCAGCUGGCCAGCCUCACGCGCCACGAGAGAAUCCACACAGGUGAGAGGCCAUACCUCUGCACUACCUGCAAGAAGUCCUUCCUCACUCAUGGAGAGCUUGUGAGGCACCAGCGAAGCCACAGCAACUUUCGGCCCUUUAGCUGUCCUCAGUGCCCAAAGAGCUUUAAAACCAAGCGUGCUCAGAGCGAACACUUCAACAGUCACACAGGCGAGCAUCCGUUUGAAUGCAGCCGCUGUGGAAAGAGGUUCUCAAAGUCAACCUCGCUCGUCCGGCAUAAUCUGACUCACACAGGGGAGCGACCCCACUCGUGUUCCCAGUGCGGGAAGACCUUCCUCACCUCUGGGGAGCUGCUCCUCCACAAACGCAUACACACAGGAGAGAGGCCUUAUCCCUGCACCUACUGUGAGAGGAAGUUCAGGUGCUCGUCCGACCUCAACAUACACAUACGAACACACACCGGGGAGAAGCCAUACAGCUGCAUGUUGUGUAAGAAGGGCUUCUCUACGUCUACGAGGCUGAAGAGACACAUGCGCACACACUCAGAGAAGGUGGAUUUAUUAAGUCUCUGAGCUGUUGGGAGGAAAUCAUGUCUUAACUCCACCAUGACUGUUGUUGUCCUUUAAAAUA